CCUCGCACCACCCCCCACACAACCCCUCCCCCAACCACCCCUCCAGCGCCUCGACAAACAAACCGUCCCCAUCAUCGCGAUGCCCAUCCCAGCUCCGCGCCGGGACACAAUGGAUAUGCGCUCCUUCAUCGGCCUCGGCAUCUCCACUUCCAGCACAAACACCGUUCCUGUCCCGGCAUCUGUGCCCAUCAGCGCUGUGAAUUCUGAUGGUCCCGUGCCCUUAUCUCGGAACGCGAGUCUGCGGGAGCUAGCGGCGAAGUUGUUACCGCGUGCUGAGAAUGGUGAGGAGAGCGGUGUUGCUGAGGAGGGUGUGAGGCAGGAUAGGGGGAGGAGGAGGAGCGGGAGUCGACCGAGGAUGGGGAGAAGCGAGUCGAGGACGAGGUUGCGUGAUGAGGGGUUUGAGGGGGAGAGGAGGCCGUUUGAGUUUAGAGGACAGGAUGCUGCGGGGAGGAAUGCGGCCAGUCCGUUGAGUGCGGCGUAGUGCGUGUAGCAGUGGCCGGGGAAGAUGUGAUGAUUGGUUUGUUGGGGUGGGUGGUUGGGUUUCUGUAGUUAUGGCGUUUUGGAGACAUGGAUUGGGCAUUUGUAGAUUUGAAAAUCGGGGAAG